AUGUCAGAUGCCAACAGCGACGCGAGCAGCAGCGACUCCGAGAGCGGGUCGAGCGGAUCGCACUCGCCGCAGGUAGAAUGGCUGGCCACGGGGCGGUCGAAGCGGUCAACUGCCGGCAACCGCAUGAAGUCGAUGCUGGCCAACGAAGGCCCGGCCGACGAAGACUCGGACCUAGAGCUCCUGUUCCAAGAAGAUGCAGACGACGCGGGCUUCACGGAUAAGGAAGACGGCGAUGGUUCAGACGCGCAGAUGGACUCAUCAGACGAUGAUGACGAGAACGAGGCCAACGGAGACGAUAUGGAGGGCGAGAAGGAGCUCGAGCGCCAGGCCAGGGAGAAGAAGGCGGCUGCGCGCAAACGCAAGGCACAGGAGGCCAUCCCCGCCAAGUUCAGGAAGAAGGUCCGCAUCAGCCAGCCGCCCGAUACCCCGACCGGAAGCACGGUGCCUCCGCCCCAGCCCAGGCCAAAGAAGAAGUCGGAGCGGACGAGCUGGCUGCCGACGGAGGCUGACAAGCCUACUCGAGCGUCGGAGCGGAAGACUACGCGGCUGAGUAAAGAGCAGCUACAUCAACAGAUGAUUGAGCGCGAGGCGAGGCGCAAGAAGCAGGUGGAGGCGAUGGAGAGGAAGGCGAAGAAGCUGGAGGCUAUGAAGAAGCCGCCUAUGACGCAAGCUGAGAGGCUACAGGAGGCUGCUAUCGUGGAGAAGAGGAACUCCAAGAGUCUCAACCGAUGGGAGGAGGCCGAGAAGCAGCGUGAGGAAGAGAGACGCGCCAAGCUGGCGGCACUGCAUGAACGACGGCUCGAAGGACCUGUGGUUACGUUCUGGACUGGUAUUAUCGACUUGAGCGAGGUCCAACUGAAGCAUGUUGGAAAAAUGGUGUCGAUGGAGGAGAAGCCGAAGAGGAAGAGACCCUCGACCGCUAUCGCAGAACCGCCUCAUCCGCCACUCUGCGUGAUCACUAAUCAUCCAGCUCGCUACAGAGACCCCGUGACAGGACUGCCUUACUACAACGUCUAUGCCUUCAAGGAAAUCCAGAAGCUCAUCAAGGGCGAGUUCAAAUGGAGCCAGGCGCUGGGU